AUGGCGAGCCCGAAAACCCUAUAUUCAACUAUGCUAAUAAUUUUAUCCAUGUCAAUUGUGAGUACACCUUGCUUUGGUCAAUUUCUUGGAUUAUUACCAAAUUUUGGAGGAAUAGGUCCUGAUUCAAUUACAAAAUGCUUAACAUCAGUUAAUGAUGUUCCUAAUUGUAUUGAAGAAAUAAUUACAUCUUUUUUGAGUAUUCAACUUCAUUUGCUUGGUCCUCAGUGUUGCAAAGCUGCUUUGGAUAUUGAUGAUGGUUGUUGGCCUAAGAUUUUUCCUUUUAAUCCAUUUUUCCCUCCUGCUAUUAAGAGUUUUUGUUCUGCUGAAGCUCAAAUACCGCCUCCGCCACUUUUAUAA